AAUCACGCAGCAAGGCAUGUUACAUCUCCUCAUUUACAGAUCUCACCCAUGUUACAAAAACUUAGGUUCUCUCCCACCUGCUCCAUAUUAUUAGAUUCAAAUUUCAAACAGUCAAUCACAGUUCAAUUCAUUUCCAUGCAAUAAGAUCGAAUAUGAAGAAAUUGUGGAAUAUUUGGUUGAUUCCUGCAAUCAUUCUUCUGAUUCUGGUGCUUGCUCCUACUACUUCAAUUGCACAGCAGCUAACGACAACUGAGAAUAGAAUUCUUUUCCAAGUACAGAAAUUUCUUGAAUAUCCUCAAGGUCUUCAAGAAUGGACAAAUUUCUGCUUCCUCCCUCCCUCACCUUCCCUGAAGAUAGUUUGCUCAAAUGGUCAUGUCACAGAGUUAACUAUUAUAGGAAACAAAACUUCCUUACUCUCAGGAAGCUUCUCAAUUGAUUCCUUCUUUACUGUGAUCACAAAGCUUUCAAAUUUGAAGGUGUUGUCAUUGGUGUCCUUGGGUUUGUGGGGUCCUUUACCCGCAAAGAUCAACCGCUUCUCCUCUCUGCAAGUGCUAAACAUGAGCUCAAAUUUCAUUCACGGGGAAAUCCCAUCUUUGAAAUUGAAAAAUCUGACCAGUUUGGUUUUGGCUGAUAAUCUCUUCAAUGGAAGUGUUCCACCAGAUCUGGAAACCCUCACUUGUCUUGAAGAGCUCAACUUGGGUGGUAACAAACUAGGUUCUCAUUUCCCAUCCUUUCUGUUCUCUCUUCCUUCCCUUCACCAAAUAAACUUGUCUUCAAACCACCUAAGUGGUAACCUAUCUAUGCCAUGUGCUCCUGCAUCUGCACUAACAUUUGUAGAUAUCUCACACAACCUUCUGGUAGGAAAAUUACCAUCCUGUAUUAUUGCUUCAAAGGCCGAGGUGCUAUACUCUGGGAACUGUUUGUUAAGUGUGAAACAAAAACAACGUCCACCUUCAUAUUGCAAUAAAAAAGCAGCACCAGCUUUAGCAGUUAAGCCUCCUUCUUCCAAUUCGAAGGAAAAGGAAUCGGGUAUUAAAUUAGGCCUACUACUUGGUCUAAUUGGAGGAGGAAUUGUGCUUGUAGGAAUUGCAGGACUACUACUACUGCUUCUACUCAUCUUCAACAAGUCUAAAGCAAAAAGAUCAUAUCAUAACUCCCAAACGUUUGUUGCUCAUAAAUUUUCUCCAGCAGUACCAAAUGUUAAUGUUGCAAGACGUGUUCCACAGACAACGAGGCUAGCUGCAAUUGGACUGCCACCAUACCGUAUUUUUACAUCAGAGGAAAUUGAAGAUGCAACAAACAACUUUGAUGCAUCAAAUCUUAUAGAAGAAGGAACGCAGGGACAGCUAUAUAAAGGUUGGCUCAGAGAUGGCUCAGUGGUCCUGGUUAAUUGUGCAAAAAUAAAGCACAGAGAUUUGCCCUAUAAUAGCAGCAUCAUGCAGCACUUAGAGAUAUUACCCAAUUUGAGACAUAGGCAUAUGGUGAGUGUUGUUGGACACUCUGUCAUUACUCAUCAGGACCCUCCCCAAUCCACCACCACUGUAUUCAUUGUAUUUGAGUACAUCUCAAAUGUGUCACUCAGGGAUCAACUUACAGAUAGGAGAAAAAGAGAAAUUCUGAAAUGGCCCCAAAGAAUGGCAAUCAGCAUAGGCAUUGCAAGAGGAGUCCAGUUUUUGCACACAGAAAUUACUCCUGCCAUAUUUGGCAAUAAUUUAAAGAUUCACAACAUUCUGUUGGAUGAUAGUCUCAAUGCAAAACUUAGUGGAUACAACAUUCCCUUGCCAUCCAAGGAAGAUAAUUUAGAAAGGUUCAAUAUGUUAUGCAGCACACAUAGUGCAGAAAAGGAAGAUAUUUAUCUUCUGGGUGUAAUUCUACUUGAAGUUAUCACAGGCAGACAAAUAGCAACCUCCAGUGAAGUACAAGAGCUCAAGGACGAGCUAGAGACAGGUUCAUCAGACACAGCAUCAAUACUUCUAAGAAGUGCAAUUGAUCCUUCCCUGAGGGGAAGUUAUGCAUAUGAAUCAAUGAGGACUGCAGUUCAGAUUACCAUCAACUGUCUCUCCAAGGUUCCUAGUAAGCGCCCUUCAAUAGAGGAUGUUCUCUGGAAUUUACACUACUCAAUGCAAGUUCAAGAGUCAUGGACCAGUAGUGGAAACCUCAGCACAAAAUUAUAGAACUCCCUGUCAAUAAAAAUGUAAUUUCUUUUAUAUGGCCAAAAGAGACCUUGGCCUGCAUUUUUUCAAGUCUGAUAAAAAUUCAAGUUCCUAUCA